AGGCACCGACCUACGCCGCCGUCGCAUGAUAAUGGACUGAUUAAAGAACUGAAUCCGCUGUUGAUAUCAUGAAACCAAACUCACUCAUUCUUUCGCUUCUAGUUGACCGACAUAUUCCAAAGUCAUGAUGUCGAAACUACCAGCCACCACUCGAACUCUUGUUGCACCAAAGAAGUGUCUUCCAGCAGAGUACACGGUCAUAGAGCAACCUAUACCAAAAAUCACCAAGCCAAAUCAGCUUCUUCUCCGUAUGAAAGCUGUUGCCAUCAACACUGGUGAAACACAGUUUGCAUCUGGACAGUUUGACUUGCUCUACAAGGCCUCGAACUUCCCGAUCCCAUUUGGAAUCGAAGGCUCUGGCGUAGUUGUAGAGAUUGGUCCUGCAGUUACAGAGUUCAAAGUUGGAGAUGCAGUCUACGGCAUGGAGUUCGAGAAACCUCAUCUCUCUAGACCCCCUGCAGCUUGGGCCUCGACAUAUGCCGUGACAGAACCACAGUUCCUUCAUAAGAAGCCAGAUCAUGUAUCUUUUGAAGAAGCUGCUGCUGUCCCAGCUCUGGCAGUAACUGCGUACCAAAGUAUCAAGCGUGGACUGCAGCUUCAAGGAAGAGAUAGUCUAGCAGGACAGACUCUUUACAUACCCGCUGCUCUCAGUGCAUCUGGCAAUACAGCUAUCCAGAUUGCGCGGAACUAUUUUGGUGCUGAGAAGAUCAUUUCUACUGUAUCGACGCCAAAGAUGGGCUUGGUUGAAGAAUAUCUUCCUGGAAUGGUCACUCAACUGUACGACUAUAAAACCCAAGACAUCGUCAAGCUCAUCGGCCGCGGCACCGUCGACUUUGCAAUAAGCACCCAAUUCUCCACCCUCAACGAAAGCAUCUCUGUCCUCAAAUCCGACGGUAUUCUAAUGAGCAUCGCCAGCAUCCCCAAAAGUGAAGUCAUGGCAGAAAUGCUCGGUCCGAAGUUCCCCGCGUGGCUUGGCUGGGUUCUUGAUCUCUUGCAGUACUGGUACUCGUGGAAGCUGCGUGGUACAAAGAUUCAGUAUGAGUUUAUAUCGGGGCAUCCAGGACAUCGGGGCGACAUGGAGGUUGUGGCGGAUAUGGUUGCCAAGGGGAUGGUCAAGGCUGUUCAUACGGCGGUGGAUUUGGACGAUUUGGAGGAGGUGAGGAGGGGGUGUGAGAGGACUUACAAGAGUAAGGGGGGGAUUGGAAAGUUUGUGGUUCGUCCUUAACGGGGGAAGAUACCAAGUUUUGUGGUCUGAGGAGGAGUGCGGGAAGACUGAACAGGUAUGACUUGAGCGUCUUGAUUCUGUGUGGUAUUUCGUCUCUAGUUUAUCUCUAGUUCAAUAUCAUGCCGAAUACUGCUCUCGAA